CAGAGAAUCAUGUUCUUGUCCUAAGCCUCAAACAUGGAGCCCUUGCAAGACCAAGAACUUGAAGACAAACCUCUCAUCAAUAUCUCCAAACAAACUCCAUCAAUUUCAAACCAAAGCCAAAGCCAAUUCCCCGUACCAGAAACCUGCACAAAAACCAAUAUUCUCUCGGUCUUUCUUGAGCCCGUUCAAUGGCUACAAAUGCUAUCUUCCCAGCUAAACCCAUCUUUCAUCUUUGGUAUAGUCCUUGUUUAUGGUCUCAGUCAAGGUUUUACUGGAUCUUUCUUCAAAGUAGUCACAGACUAUUACUGGAAAGAUGUCCAAAAGGUCCAGCCUUCAAUGGUGCAAAUCUACAUAGGCUUAUAUUACAUUCCAUGGAUUAUGAAGCCAGUUUGGGGUCUCUUCACUGAUGUUUUCCCCAUUAAAGGGUAUCACAGAAGGCCUUACUUCAUUGCUGCUGGUGUUCUUGGGGUUGGUUCUUCAUUGAUGGUUGGUCUUCUUGGUAAGUUGCCAAAUGCAGUGGCCUUGGGUUGUUUGAUUGGGAUGACAGCUGGUAUUGCAAUUGCAGAUGUCACCAUUGAUGCCUGUAUUGCAAGAAAUAGUAUUGAAGUGAGGGCUCUGGCAUCUGAUAUGCAAAGCCUUUGUGGGUUUUGUUCCUCCGCUGGGGCUUUGCUUGGCUACUCCACUAGUGGUUUUCUUGUUCAUCAUCUUGGACCUCAGGGAGCAUUAGGUCUCUUGGCAAUCCCUGCAGCUUUACUGGUAGUUUUGGGUUUUGUGAUUUAUGAACCAAGAUCUACAAGUCUCCAUUCUGAGAAGAAAAAGGCUGUGGAAAACUUAGAAGUGGCAAUGAAGGGCAUGUAUAAAUCAAUCAAGUGCCCUCAAGUCUGGAAGCCAUCACUAUACAUGUAUCUGUCUUUGGCUCUUAGUAUAAGUACUCAUGAAGGGCAAUUUUAUUGGUACACAGAUCCUGAAGCCGGUCCUGCGUUCUCUCAGGAGUUUGUUGGGGUAAUUUAUGCAAUUGCUGCAGUGGCUUCUAUGGUAGGUGUUCUAAUCUAUCACAAGACUCUAAAAGACUAUCCAUUCAGGAACCUACUCUUGUUUGCUCAGAUCCUUUAUGGCAUGUCCGGAAUGCUCGAUCUGGUUUUCAUCCUCCGGUGGAAUUUAAUCCUCGGUAUUCCUGAUUAUUUCUUUGUUAUCAUGGAACAAUGUGUCUCUCAUAUCAUCAGCAGAAUUAGAUGGAUGCCCAUGAUUGUAUUAAGCACAAGGCUUUGCCCUAAAGGCAUCGAAGGAACUUUCUUCGCACUUUUAAUGUGCAUCGAUAGCCUUGGUUCACUCUCCUCCAAAUGGGGUGGAGGCAUAGUUCUUCAUAUGUUAAAUGUCACAAGGACUGAUUUCACAAAUUUAUGGUUGGCUAUUCUGAUAAGAAACAUUUUGAGACUUGCAACACUAGGUCUGAUUUUUCUUGUCCCUAAGGGUGAUCAAUCCUCUGAACUGAUUCCAACUGAUAUUUUAACAAAGAACUUAGAUAUAACUCCUGACGACGAAGGCCUGCAGCUUGUGUCCAUCAAUGUGAAAAAUGCAGUUGCUUAAGAAUCGGUACAGAAGUAAGCAUUAUUCAGAGUGAACAAUUUUUGUGAGGUAGAAGAAAAUUUGUUGAAAGCCAUAGCUCAAACUCAACUGAAUACUUUUGGUAUACUUUAAUGUAAAGGAGCAUCAAUUCUUUCUUCUUCUGUUAGCUUAAUCUUAACUUUCUCUUCCAAAUGAACGCUGUAAAGAUUCUUCAUACAAUUGACUUG